AUGCCACUACCAGCUCACACGCAAGUCUUCGAGGACGCCAUAACCAUCACCCCGGUCUCGUCGCAUGUCUACUCGGCCUAUCUAAGGGAUGAAUGGUGCAUUGGUGCAGUCCCCCAUGGCGGUUACACGACCAGCGUGUUGGCGAAACUGGCAAAGACGCACUUUGCGCACACACAUCCCAAUCUGUCGACCUCGCCUGCUACGCCGAUUAGUAUCCAGCUUAGCUUUCUCCGGCGGACGGAUGUCGGGCCUGCGCUGCUGACGGUGGAGGAUAUGAAGAUUGGGGCUCGCACUAGUACGAUUCAUGUUCUGCUCAAGCAGCGAUCCAAAUCCAAAUUCAAGAAGGAGGAGGGGGAGGAGGAGGUCAAAGUCGCAGGCUACAUCACGCUCAGUCCGGCAGCUGCAGAAACAGGUAUCACUGCCCAAACGUCCUGGGCGCUUUAUCCGCCGCCGCCUGGACCGGUGAAUCUGCGCGCUCUAGCUUCCACCGGCCGUGACGGGGCUUGGGUCCGAAUUCCUGCGCCAUUUGUGCAGUUUCGUCGCGCUGCAGCGAAUGUCGAGUUCUACGGACCGGAUCCAGCUCGUCUCGAGGCUGAGGCUGGUGAUGGGCGAAGAGCAAUUAUGGUCGAUCAAUGGGCGCGAUUUCGUCCUCUCGGACCAGACGGGAAACCACUCGAAGGCUGCUGGACGGACGAUACGAUCGGGUUCCUCGUCGACAUGUUCCCCAUGAUGCUGGAUGGGUUCGAUGUCAUCUCGUCGGCGGCGCAGGAUCCCAAUGCUGCGGCGCAGAAAGGGAACUCGCCCCGCGGAACGUUCUGGUAUCCGACGGUUACGUUGAAUGUAGAUUACAAGAAGCGGUUACCUGUUGAAGGGGUCGAGUGGUUGUAUAGUCGAGUUCAGACGAAGGCUGUCAAGGACGGCAGGACGGAUAUAGAUGUCACGGUGCUGGAUGAGAGCGGAGAUAUCGUGGCGUUGAGCACGCAGGUAGGAUUGGUAGUCAGUGCCAGUCGGAAUUUAGCAGGACGAGAUCUGAAGAAGGUCAAGGUGGAUGCGCAGGGGAAGGCGAAUUUGUGA